AUGGUUGAAGAGAAGCAAGAGACGGUUGACGAGGGUCUGACGUCGUCGAUUGAGGCCGGUGUGGUGGAGGCACCAUACAGCAUCUAUUCUAACAAAGAGAAAUGGCUGAUCGUUGGAAUGGUGGCAUUGGCUGGGUUUUACAGUAUCGGCAUGGCCUUGUGUCCGACAGAUCAGUUCUGGCUCCUGUUGUUCUUGCGUUGUUUCCAGUCCGGCGGCAGUGCGAGCACAAUCGCUCUCGGUGCGGGUGUUAUCGGCGAUAUAUCAACGUCGAGAGAAAGAGGAGGCUACUUUGGCAUGUUCAACCUUGGUCCGAUGCUGGCGCCAUGCAUAGGACCUUCUUUGGGGGGUGUGUUGGCGCAAGAGCUUGGAUGGCGUUCCAUUUUCUGGACGAUUGUCAUCAUGGUCGCCAUAUGCCUGGUGUGCAUCGCGCUCUUCCUUCCAGAGACUCUUCGGUCGAUUGCUGGCAAUGGCAGCAUACCUGUGCCAUACCGUCUACGUGCACUCGUGCCUAUCGUUGGACAUAAAGCGAGUCAGCAAGCAUAUGACCCCGCUACUCAGACCAAGUCAAAGCAAUCCAUUAACCCCUUUGUCAUCCUCACGUACCCAGAUGUCAUUGUCCUUCUUACGUUCACCGGCAUCGUGUACGCUGUGAACUAUACCAUCACUGCCACGAUCUCUUCUGCUUUCGCCAGGAUCUACCCCGGCCUUUCGCAAACCGUGCUCGGACUCUGCUACCUGCCCACCGGCGCUGGCAUGAUCAUUGGCAGUACGAUGACCGGGAAGAUGCUGGACUGGGAAUACUCGCGCAUCAAGAAGCGGCUGGGCGACAACUUCACCAUUGAGUACGCUCGCCUGCGCAUCAUGCCCUUCUAUCUCGGCCUGUUCAUCGUCUGUGUGAUCGGCUGGGGCUGGUCGAUUCAGGCCCGAGCGCACAUGGCAGUACUCCUUUGCUUGGGAACGAUACUAGGAUGGACAUCCAUCGGCAUCCUCAAUACAACGAUGACGCUCAACAUCGACAUCCUGCAGUCGCGUAGCUCUGGUGCGACAGCGUGCACGAACCUCGUGCGUUGCUCCCUUGCAGCGAUCAUGAUAUCAGUCAUCGACCGCAUGACGACUGCGUGGGGCGAUGGCUGGACAUACACGUUCUGGGGUGGAAUUUGCGCGUUGCUGUUGCCGCUUAUGUUUCUAGAAAUCAAGAUGGGCCCGAGAUGGCGCGCGAAGAGAGAAGCGGCGGAGAAAGAGCACGCUUAG